AUGGAUUACAGACGCAACAACCAAGGAGGCGGUGGAGGACCCGAGAGGAGAGGAGGUUAUGGCGGCGGUGGUGGCGGUGGUGGCGGUGGCGGGCGCCAGUAUGAACGCAACGACCGCUACGAAAAAGGCGGACGAGGCGGACACAACAGACGCCCUUAUGACAGGCCACGACAUGACCAGCGCGACAGAGAGCAGGAGCGUGUUCAGGAUGAGCUUGGAGAUAUCGAGAAGCGUCUUGGAGGACUCAUCAUUCGCGUUGGAGACAAGAUUACGCCUACUUUGGAGACGAACUUGAACACUCUCGCAGGAAUUCUGGACAACGACUAUGCCAAACACUCUGCAACAAUUCUCAAGUCCUUGAAGGCCUGCAUUUUGGAGCUCCCUAUGAAGUCGGCCAUCUAUGGAACAUUGACAGGACUCUUGAACGCAAAGAACGCAGAGACAGGAGGAACGAUUGUCAAGAUGGCUUCGGACUUGCUGCAAGAGAGUUUGGCUAAAUACCAGUGGAGAAACGCCAAGUUGCUGUUGAGGUUCUUUGGCGAGCUCGUCAACUCGAACGUCAUCUUGCCCACCACUCUUCUUCAGGUCAUGGAGCAGCUCUUGGUUGUCUUGGAGGAGCCCACCGUUCUGAGGGCUCGUGCAGAUACCGCUGUUUUCUGUGUCCUCGCUACUCUGCCAUGGUGCGCCGCUGAUAUUCACGACCGCAACCCCCACGACUUUGAAAAGAUUUUGGGAAGGAUCGAAGACUACAUGACAGCCAGAGAGGAUGGAGAAGGCGUCGAGGGAUUCGAAAUCACCAAGGUCUUCAAGGAUUCUCAGUGCCCCUACGUCCAGGAGGAGUCCUUGACUUUGUUGUGGAAACAGAUUCAGAACUUGCAAAAGGAUGACUGGGAUGUGUCGAUCUUGAUUAGACCUUCGCAGACGUUCGAUGCUGUCUUGGGAAUGUCCUCUCAACACGAACUGCCAACUUUCACCUUUCCCCCACAUGUCGACAACAGCUCAUACUACCUCCCUCCACCCCUUCUCAGGAUCUUCAUGGACACAGAGGGAGAGCAGACAAGCCAACUUCCCGACCCUUACUCUAUCUCACACUUUAUCGUCCACGACAACUUGAGCGACGUCCUCUGCCUUUUCGAGAUUAACCGCAAGGAGUGCGCAAAAUACUUGUUCAUGGUCCAGUACUCCUACGCCAUCGGCACAUUCGCAGACUUAAGCGCACCAGCACCAGCACCAGCGACAGCAGAAGGAGCGGAGUCAACAGACAUGGAGACCGAUAGCCCACCUGCUGGUUGGUCGGUUGAUCAGCUGUUGGCCGAGGUGGUAUUCACGGAAUUGUUCAGACUUCCCAAGCCCGAAUUCAAGACGGUCUACUACUCAUCCCUCUUGGUCGAGAUCUGCAAAUCCUUCCCCGACAGCUUCCCCACAGCAUUGGCCAAGGCGAUCUCAAAGUUGUACGAGCGUCUCCCUUCCAUGGAUAUCGAGUGCGCACACCGUUUCUGGACCUGGCUGAGCCACCAUCUGAGCAACUUUGGCUACCUCUGGAACUGGGCCGAUUGGUCCGCUGCACUGGAGUUGCCCGACAACCACUCUCAGUGUGUGUUCAUUCGCGAGACUUUGGAGAAGGCCAUGCGUCUGUCUUACUUUGAGCGUAUCAAGGAGGCCUUGCCCGAAGAGUUCCAAAAGUUCAUUCCAUCAGAGGCGCCCGGUCCUUCCUGGAAGUUUGAAUCACCAGAUCACCCAUAUCACGCUAUGGCUUCGGCUGUUCUGAACUCGUUGAGGGCCAAGAACUCGAUUGAGCAGAUUGAGCAGACACUGGAGAGUAUGAAGAACGCACCAAGACUGGAGUCAUUGACAGCUAACGAGCGCGAGGAUUUCAUUCGGGAACUGUUCACCGAGUGUGUGUUGAUGUUGGGAUCCAAGUCGUUCUCUCACGUGUUGAACGUGAUUGAGCGUUACUUGACGAUCCUGCAGCGGAUGAACAGCACACCCGAAGCGCGUCUGCACACGGUCAAGAUUGUGGCACAGUUCUGGAAGAACAACACACAGUUUAUGGGCAUUUUGCUGGAUAAGAUGCUGAACUACCGUGUGGUGGAUGCGAUUGCGAUUGUCAAAUGGGUCUUUGAGCCCGAGGUCUGGCAGAACGAGUGGCACCGCAGCUUCCCCUGGGAUAUCCUCAAGAACACCCUCAACAAAGUCAUCUCCAGAGUUGGGCAGGUCAAGGAUAAGCUUAGCGAAGUCGUCAAGGAGUUCAAUGCUACACCACCAACACAGACAAAGGAGGUUGUGGAGGGAGUAGAGAACACAUUGUCGAUUGUGAACCGCGAGCAAAAGGAGGUCUUCUUGAUCAUGUACCAAAAGUUUGUCCAGGUCUUGCAGUCUCAAUUGCGGGAAAUCGAGGCCUCAGGGGAGGAUGUGGAUAACUCUCGUUGGUGGCAGAUUGGAUUGGGCUGGUUCUUGGAGUUGGGCCGUCGUUACUCCAAGGAGGUGACGACGUUCUCGACGACGCUCGAGGCGAUUGUCUUUUCGUCCGAUAGCGAGACAGGUGAAGCGAUCGAUGCCCGGAUCACAAAUAUCUUUCAGGAGAUCUGUCGUAUGGAGAUUGGGCGUUCUGUUGACAUGAACUAG